CGAAUCGCAUGCGCAUCAGGGCCGUUGAAAAGGAACGGUUUUCACGUGAGACGAUACCUGCCGCGAGCAAGCGACCCAGUUUUGGCUGAUGCAUAUUACCUAGAUAGGCGGCUUCUGAAGGCAUCUUCUUUAGAUGAGUUCUUAAGUGAUUUGGAACAAAGAGAAAGGCUAACACAGGAACAGCAAAGUCAGUCACGUGAUGUAAAUUUCAACCAAUUAAAAUCUUCUCACAUUGAAAGUUCAUCUCAAGUAUCUCAAGUAUACAGAGCAGAAUCUUUACAUACAAAUAAAGCUUCGAAAAUGUCCGAAGCACUCGGUAACGGCGAGUUGAACCCGGGUUUUGACAUGAACGAAGUUGACACGCAAAGCAAAGAGGAACCAGAUAUUCAAAUUACACGAUUUGGCGGGAGAGAUGAUGACGAGACCGCAAAGGGAAAUGUAACAUUAGUUAUAGAUGGUGAACAUGAUCACGAAGUGAAAGAAACAGUUUCAGAUAUUUUGAAAAGGAGUCAAAGGGAUAGCGAAAUCAUAGAUACAAAAGACACACGGAUAUUUAUACCUGAACAUAAAUACACUGGCUUACAUGAAAGCGAGUUUGAUCAAAGUAACAACAAUGCGAAAAGAAAUACAUACAAUGUAUCCAUAGACGGAAAAGGCGAUUACGAAAACACUGUACAAAGUAGCACUGAAGAUGUGAAAAUAAACAUCCAAGACGAGGGCGAGAUUAAAAAGACCCCUGCACAUUAUACACAAUCCGCGCCAUUAAACGGCGUGACGUCAUCUGGAAAUGGCAGUAAAAAACUUGCGAGGUCCGUUCGUAUGUCACUUAAAAAGGCAGAAAACCCCCCACCCUUGGAUGCAAAUCUAUCUGUAAAAGAACCCUGUCUACGGCCGAGAUCGCCCUGCCAGAGUCGUAGAGUUACCAGCCUCCCAGUGUGGACUAAUGACAUAACGAGACCAAAGGUACAGUCUUUCUUCAGUAUGAACGACUGGAAUGAUGAGGAUACAAAAUGGCUAGCCUGGAUUGAAGUAAAGUUCAAGGACAUUGCGGGAGAUGAUGGCCAGAUUGAUCUUGGAGAAUUUAAGAAAGCCCUCGGUGUCAAGAAGUCUUUCUUCGCCGAGCGAUUCUUUGAGUUAUUUGACCAGGACUGUAGCGGUACCAUCGAGCUGGGAGAACUUAUGGACGGUCUGCGCAUGCUCACUAAAGGAACACCCGCUCAAAAACUUCAAUUUCUAUUUGAUGUCUACGAUGCUGAUGCGAGCGGAUGUAUCGACAGGGAUGAGCUGACAGCAGUUCUACGGGCUUGUAUGGAGGAAAGUUCACUCUCGUUGACAGACGAGAACUUAGAGGAUCUCACAGACGCUUUGUUUGAUGCGGCAGACGAAGAUGAAUCAGGAACGAUAACUUUUGACGAGCUGAGAACAGAGUUGGAAAAACAUCCGGGCGUUAUAGAAAAUCUCACUAUCAGUGCCGCCCAAUGGUUGAAACCACCAGAUGGCUCCAAGAAGAAGAAAAGUGGUUUCCGGCAUUUUACGGCUGAUUACUGGAGGAACAAUUAUAAAAAAGUUGGUUACUUUUUAAUCUACUGGGCGCUUAAUAUUGUCUUGUAUGCGGUCGCCAUGUGGCAGUACAGAGAAUCAAAUACGUGGAUUAUGUUCGCACGUGGCGCUGGAUUAUGCCUCAACUUCAACUGUAUGUGGGUACUCGUGCUGAUGUUACGGAAGAGUCUAACAUUUCUCAGAAUGACAAAACUCGUGCAUAUACUUCCUCUAGAUCAGAAUAUACUGUUCCAUAAAAUGACAGCGUGGACUAUCGCAUUCAUGGCGCUUGUACACACUAUAGCCCACAUCGGUAAUGCUGCUCACGCGGCCAAUGCAGCAGCUUUAGAAAUGUGGGAGGUAUUGUUCACCGCCAAAGCUGGCGUGGGAUUUGUUGGUGGUAGUGCAUUUAUAACAGGCUGGCUGCUGGACAUUGUGCUUGUUAUAAUGGUAAUAUGUUCCAUGGAGUUCGUCCGGCGUGGUGGACAUUUUCAGGUGUUUUAUUGGACACACAUGUUGUACGUGGUAUUCUGGAUCCUCGUUCUUCUUCACGGCCCACAUUUCUGGAAAUGGUUUAUUGUUCCUGGAGUACUCUUUAUUAUGGAGAAGAUUUCCAGGUCAAAGUUCAUUAAGAUGGCGAGAUUUGGGGAAACAUUCAUAGAGGAAGUUAAUCUGCUUCCCUCUGGCGUUACUCAUCUCGUCAUUACUCGGCCAAUUAAUUUCCGGUAUCAACCGGGUGAUUAUAUAUUUAUUCAAAUUCCCGAUAUAGCAGCCUACGAGUGGCAUCCGUUUACCAUAAGUUCAGCUCCUGAAAUGGAAGGUUAUAUCUGGUUGCACGUGAGAUCAGCUGGUCACUGGACUAAUAAACUAUACAAACAUUUUGACGAGAUGGAGGCCCCGGAUACAGAAGAUGACUUAGCGAAAUUAAAUGAUAGAAGGAAAGCAAGUAGAAAGUUCGAAAAUUUUGAAAGGGCAUACUCAAGACGUACGGUGAAUCUCUCUAAAUCUUCUAGAGGGGCAUCACGACGUGGCCAGAAAACUAAACAAAAACAUAAGCUUGUAAACGUCAAGUGUUACAUUGAUGGUCCAUAUGGAACGGGAACACGUGAGGUAUUCGACACGGAACAUGCCGUCCUUGUUGGAGCAGGAAUUGGUGUGACACCUAUGGCGUCUAUUUUACAAAGUGUAUGGUACAGAUUUAAUGCUGUCCGGCAGAAAUGUCCACAGUGUGAGCACAUAUGGUAUCCUGAAGAAGAAAUGGCUGGUAUGAAACUGAAAAAGGUUGAUUUCAUAUGGAUAAACAGAGACCAGAAAAGCUUUGAAUGGUUCUUAACGCUGCUUAAUCAGAUUGAGUUGGAGCAAAGCAGUCAUCAUGGUAUCUUAGAAAAUAGUAUUCAGAUGCAUAUGUACAUGACAGCCGCGCAGAAAAAGACCGACAUGAAAGGCAUUGGACUACAAGUAUGCCCUUUUUUAACAUUCGCCCAUUUCUUUUUCUUUUUUAGAGCAUUAGGCAUUUUGGUAUUAAGUUGCACUUUUAUAUAUUUCACUAAAUGCACAGAAAGAUAGAAUUUUCAGCUGAAC